AAUAAAAGAUAACAUAGUCAGAUGCAUUAAAAACUGAUAAGAUUUUCUUUGUGUCACUACUUCAAUAAUGAAAAUAGUUGGUGCUGAAUACGCAGACGUUAUUGAUACCCAACGUAUUAUUUUCAAAUAACUUUAAGUGCUUGUAAUUUUAAUUAGUUUUAUAGAAACUGUGUGAUUUCUGUUUUAUUUAAUGACAUUUACCCAUCCAAAUCAGAUUUUAUUUAACUAUUGAAAAUGGUUAAAUUAAGAUCAAUAUUGUUGUUUUUGGUGCUAUACUCUACUGCUUGCUUAGGAGCGCCAAGAUCAAACUCAGCAUCACUUGGUUCAGGAUGUAGUAUUAAUACCAACAAAGACUUAAGCAAAACACAGCCACUGGUCUUAGUACAUAGCAAAAACGGCGAAUAUGAAUUCGCUUAUCCAGAGUCUGGUGACAUAAUCAAUUUUAGUAAUAGGGAUCAAGUAAUAUUAGCUUGCCCAGGAAGUAGUUUUGAAGACAAAAAUACUCAAGACAUACGAGAAAUAUCCUGUUCGGGUGGUAGUGAUUUUGAUUCUGGAAAUUCAAAAAAGCCCUUGAGUGAUAUGGAAUGCACAAAAUUACCAGAAUCUAAUUUAAAAAAAAUUGGAACAUGUGAAGGCGAAAAAACCUUACUUAAAGUUGGCUUUGAUGUUGGUAAUUCUGGAUUUUUGCCUGUUAUGGAUUUGUGUUUUGAUGAAAAUAAUAACAUUCCUGUAUAUACCGUUCAUAAGAUUACGUCUAAUAUCAAAGGAUCUCAAAAAGGAUUUGAACGAUCAUCAUUUAAUGAAAGCUUUCUAUUCAAAGAUGUUGCGACUACACAAGCAUAUAAAAACAAUAAUCAAAGAACAAUGUUUUUAAAAACCUUGUCCAAUCAUGUAGCUCAAAAGUAUAUUCAAGGUAAUCAUUUCUUAGCUAAAGGGCAUUGUGUUCCUAAAGCCGACUUUGUGUUUGGUGCUCAACAAGAUGCCACUUUUUAUUAUGCCAACACUGCUCCUCAAUGGCAAGCGUUUAACAGUGGUAAUUGGCAAAAGCUGGAAGCUGGAAUUCGACGUCUAGCCGCUCAAAAAAAAAUUAAUUUGACUGUGUACACGGGUGUCCAUGGUGUGCUUAAAAUCUCCGAUAAAGAACUCUACUUGACUGAAACUAGUUCUGGCCGAAAAACUAUACCAGUUCCUCAAAUAUUUUGGAAAGUAGUACACGAUGAAAAAGCAGAUCGAGCAGUAGCAUUUGUCGGCAUCAAUGAUCCUUUUGCCGAUCGAAAAGAUAACGUUGCUACAAACUUGCAGAAAGAAAAUAUAUGCGAUCAAAUAAAUUGGGUGUCAUUCAACAAUGAUCCUGAAAAAGGAUUAAUGUAUUGCUACAAUGUUAAAGAUAUACAAUACAAAAUUAAAUCAAUGCCAAAAAUAAAAAAUGCCUAUAUACUUAACUAAAUUAUCAUCAAUAUUAUUUUAAUUAAUAUUUUUUUGCAAUUAACUUAGGUUUGACAACUAAAUAUAAUUUUUAUGAAUUUUAAAAUAAAAUUUUAUAUUGACACUACCUAAAUUCAUAAAUGUAUUGUAAUUAUUUUGUUUGAAACUUCAACUCUAUUGUUUUAGGGUAAGCCCUCAUAAAAAUUUCUUACGAGUUAACAUUAAUUUUUGAAAACAUGACAUUUUAUUAAUUAUACUUUGCUUUUUAAUAUUUGGUCAAUAACUUAAAAACAUGGAGAUUUUUAAAAAUAUCUCAAAAGCUUAAAAAAUUAAUCUUGUGAAGAUAACGAAAUUUUUAUAAUGUCGGUAAUUCUGCAUUUUUGUCUAUUAUAUAUUUAUGUUUCGAUAACAAUAAAAACAUUCCUGUAUAUAUCAUGUAUAAGAUCACUUCUAGUAUAAAAAGCUUAGAAUGAUUAAAACUUAAUAACAGAACAACUGGACCAAUUAUUGAUUAAUGAAGAAUUUAUUUUAUUUUAAUUAGGUCAAUAAACUUAGAUAAAUUAUAUAAUUUUAUUACAAUGUCGUUAGGUUUUGUUUACAAAUUACCUCAAAAAUUGUAUAAUUUUUUACAUUUUCAGUUGGUGUAUUUAUAAAUGUUAAUUCAGAACAAUGUGUCUUACAAUUAUACUUUAAACAUAUCUGUUGUUAAAGUUAUAAUCGACAAUAAAGCUGUGUCUAAGCAUAUAGUGAUGUCAUAAAAAAAGCCCCCUCUAUUUGUACUCCCUCAUAUAUAUUAUAAAAAAAUAGAGGAUUUGAAGUUUUAUAUCUAAUAAAUGACUCAAGUUAUGUUAAAAAUUAAAUGCUAUUCACAGUUAAAAUAAAACCUGAAACAUUAUAUUGAAAAAAUGUUUAAAUUAUUUUUAUUCAGUGUGUAAUUGAGUGGGUUAUAAAAAAAAAUUACUCUGUAUGUUGGUUGUUAUUUUGAAAAUAACUGUAACUUUAGUAAUGAAAAGUGAAAAAAAAAGAUGCUAUAUUUUUUAUGAGAUCAAUAAAAACUUGCUGUGGC